UCCUUCCUAUUCUGGACUAAAAGAUAAAUUCAAAAGGUGACUUAACUCCAGCUGUGAUUCUUUUGCAGAUAAAUUGGUAUUCUCUGUGUAACAAACAGCAUUUUGAAUCCUGACCCCAAUGACCUUAAAAGAAAUGAAGUCAUUGAACCUAAAAAGAAAUGAACGAAUCGAUGUUGACUACAUAAAGGGAAUUCUUCAACCUACACCUACUUGUGCUAUCUGGGAUAAAAUCUGGAACUUUCAAGCCAAGUCAGAUGAUCUACUUAUUUCUACCUAUCCCAAAGCAGGAACAACUUGGACCCAGGAGAUAGUAGAUAUGAUACAAAAUGAUGGCAAUAUAGAGAAAUGUAAAAGAGCUCCUACUCAUCUCCGGUUUCCUUUUAUUGAAUGGAGAAUUCCAUCAAUAGACUGUGGCUUGGAUCAAGCUAAUGCAAUGCCAUCACCACGCACACUGAAAACUCACCUUCCCAUUCAACUAUUGCCACCAUCGUUCUUGGAGAAGGGCUGUAAGAUAAUCUAUGUUGCAAGAAAUGCCAAGGACAACUUGGUAUCAUAUUAUCAUUUCCAAAAGAUGAAUGCAGCACUUCCUGAUCCAGGAACCUGGGAGGAAUAUUUUGAAGAUUUCCUAGAUGGAAAAGUGUGCUGGGGUUCCUGGCAUGAUCAUGUGAAAGGAUGGUGGGAUGCAAAAGACAAAUAUCCCAUCCUCUACCUUUUUUAUGAGGACAUGAAGAAGCAUCCAAAGCGUGAAAUUAGAAAAAUAAUGGAAUUCAUGGGAAAAAACUUAGAUGAAGAUGUUCUAGAUAUAAUCAUGCAUCAUACCUCUUUUGACAUAAUGAAAAAGAAUCCGAUGGCAAACUAUACAACAAUUUCUGAGGAAAUUAUGGACCAAUCUGUUUCCCCAUUUAUGAGAAAAGGGGCUGUGGGAGACUGGAAGAGCCACUUCACUGUGGCCCAGAAUGAGAGAUUUGAUGAAGACUACAAGAAAAAAAUGAAGAAUACCAGUCUAACUUUCUGCUCUAAUCUCUAAGAAGAAAUGAGGAGGAAUCCAAAUUUAUGAAAAUCUUAUUUGCAAAUGCUAUUGAAUUAUCCUGUCAUUUAUAAUAGCACCCAUCUCACAACAUUGUUUUAAGGAUAGCUACAAAGUGCUUUGCAAACCUUAAAAGUGCUAUAUAAGUGCUAACCACUUUCAUUAUUUUCAAUACAUUUAGUCAUCAUCAUUCUGUCAAAUAAAGGGAUUGUAUUUUCUUUUCAUUAAUUCCCUUCUCAAGAAUCUAGAAACUCUGUGAUUAAAAUUAUCAUAGACUUAAUGUCACCUGUUCAAAAAUGAACUCAUAAUCUAUCUAAACUUUCUCUCUCCCCCAUCCCCAUAAUGUUCAUAUUACUGUAAAGAAAAACAUCACACAAUCUAUCAGGCUCCCAACCUAAGAGUCAUGCUGGAUUCCACUCUAUCUUGAAACCCUAACCUUCACAUCCAAGCUGUGGUCAAGGCAAAUUUUACCCUUGUAACAUUCCUCUUUCACUCCUCUGACAUCGUCACCCCUCCAGUAUAGACCUCAUCACCUCACACCUGAACUAAUACAUUAGUCUGCUGGUAGGCAUGCCUGCCACAAGUCUCUCCCCACUCCAGUCCAUUCUCCAUUUAGUCCCUAAAGUGAUUUUCUUGAAAUGCAGGAUUGAUCAUAUCACUUACACACAUACACACACACAUACUCACAUCCUCCAUAGUAAACUCCAGUGGCUUCCUAUUUGGCAUUCAAAGUCCUUCAAAACCUGGCUCCCUCCUACCUUUUCAGUCUUCUUACACCCUACUCUUUAAUACAUGUUCUUCAAUCUAGUAACAAUGGUCUGCCUCAAGAAACUCCAGUUCUCAAGAUCUGGGCACUUUCUCUGGAUAUUGAGGGUGCUCUUCCUACUCCACUCAGACAAGUGACCUCCUUGGUUUCUGAGUCCCAGUUAUACUCCUCCCUUCUAUAGAAAGACUUCCCUAAACCUUACUAAUUCUAAUGCUUUACCUUUGAAAAUUAUUUCUUAUUUAUCCUGAACAUAGUUUACUUUGUGUGUUUGUUUACAUGUUCUCUCCCUAUUAGAUUAUAAAUUUCUUGAGAAGACAGACUGCUGUUGCCUCUUUUUGAAUCUCCAGAGAUUAACCCAGCACCUAUUACAUAAUACAUAUUUAAUAAAUGUUUAUUGAAUUGAA